UCCGAAACAAACACAAAACUGUCUUGUCUCCCCAGGCUCAUCUCCUCAACCAAGGCAACCGUAGUGUGUGCAUUUGAAUAUCAAAUCAGGACCGUAAAAUCCCAUAUACUGAAAAGAUAUAAUAGAAUCAGAGCCAUCCAUCCAUCAGUUCCCAGAAUCUGACAGUUUCAUCCUAGGUGGCAUUCAACUACAUUUUAAAUCCGAGAUAUAAAUAAAAAACAAUCAAGACACCCAUUUCGAAAUCGAAGGAGAAUGUGUCCCAAGUCAAGGAGUUUAAUUUUAUAAGCUACGCAAUCCCAUCGAAUCAACAAAUUAGAGUAAUAAUAAAUCACUCCUUUUUCUGUCUACGCUAAACAAAUGGGCGAGGAAGAAAAUAGGACCGAAGUUCCAGAGGUAACGGCAAAUGGGACUAGUGCUCCUGCAAAAGAGAAUUCCAAUGACGUUAUGACUGAAAAAACAGAGGAAAAUAAUGGAAUAAAAGAAAUGGAAGAAGAUAAAAAUGAUAGCGAGAAAGUUGAGAUUGCAAGGAUGGAUGAAGACCCCAAGGUGACUGAAGAAAGGGAAAGCAAAGACAAAGAAGAUGGGUUAGAAGAAGGAAGAACUGAAGCAAUGGAAGAAGAAAUCAAACCCAAAGUAGAUGAAGAGAUGGAAGGAAAGGAGAAGGAAGCCAAAGAAGAGGUGGAGGAGAAGGUUGAUGUGUCCAAGGAGAAAGAGGAGGUGGAGCAGAAGGUUGAUGUGUCCAAGGAGAAAGAAGAGGUGGAGGAGAAGGAUGGUGGAUCCAAGGAGAAACAAGAAAAGUUGGAGGAGGAGGACGGGGAACGAUCAAAGCAACGUGGGAAAAGGAAGAGUGAUGGGAGGAAAGCUGAAAUGAAGAAGGUAAUGGAAGAGAAGAAGGAGCCGGAGCCAAGGACUCCUACUUUUGAUAGGCCACAGCGUGAAAGAAAAUCUGUUGAAAGGCUGGUGGCAACUGUUGACAAAGAUGCUGUCAAAGAAUUCCAGAUUGAAAAGGGCCGAGGUAUCCCACUUAAAGAUAUACCUAAUGAGCAAUGGGUGAUGGAAAUGAUCCCUGAAAAUGUUUUCUCUACAGUGGCAUUCAAGUUAUCAAGAAGGAAGGCUGAUGAUACAUUCAAACUGCUUCAUACAAUUCUCUUUGGAAGGAGAGGAAAGGCAUUGCAGAUUAAGAGUAAUAUAUCCCGGUUCUCUGGUUUUGUGUGGCAUCAAAAUGAGGGGAAAGAAAAGAGUAAAGUGAAAGAAAAAUUUGACAAGUGCAAUAAAGAGAAGCUGUUGGAAUUUUGUGAUGUGCUUGACAUACCAAUUACCAAGGUUACUGCAAAGAAGGAAGAUGUUGUUACGAAGCUGUUAGAUUUUUUGGUGGUCCCCCAUGCUACAACCAGUGAUUUGCUUGCUGAAAAAGAGAAGGAAAAAGUGAGCAAAAAGCGCAAGAGAGUGGCCAAAAGUUCAACAUCUGGGAGCACACCAUCGAAACGUUCAGCUAAGAGUCGAAGAAAGGCUGCUGAUAAUUCAAAGAGGAUAGAUAAAAAGAGUACAUCUGAUACAGAAGACGAGUCAGAAGAAGAGAAAGCAGAGGAAGAUGAAGAAGAAGAAGAAGAAGAGGAACAAGAAAAUGUAGAAGAGCAAAAUGAAAAUGGUGCUCUAGAAAAAUCUGAUGCUGAAAUCUCUGAACAUUCUGAAAGUGAGGAGAAAAAUGAAUCUGUUGAAGAAUCUGAAGAAAACUCCAGAAAACGCAAAAAGAGGUCGGCUACAUCAUUGAGAAAAAAAGCACCUUGUGGAAAAGCUAAAACCAGAAUCUCCGUCUCCCAUAAGUCCAGUCCAUCAGUGAAAAGAACGCCUAAAAAAUCUUCAUCAAAACACAUUCUUUCUGAUGAGGAUAGUGAUGCAAGUCCAAAGGUUUCCCCAAUGAAGAAGAAAACUGAAAAGGUAUCAAAGGAGAAACACUUGCCUUCAAAGAAAUCUACCUCCAAGGAAAACACAGGUAAAAAAGUUGGAAAGGGGAAGGAAAAGGCUAAGGUUAAAGAGAACAAAUUGAUGCCAAGUGAUGAUGAGCUUAGAGAUGCGAUAUGUGAAAUUCUUAAGAAGGUGGAUUUUGACACGGCUACAUUCACUGAUAUUCUAAAGCUACUUGCUCGGCAAUUUGACACAGAUCUCACUACAAGAAAGUCAUCUAUUAAGCUUGUGAUCCAAGCUGAGCUCACCAAAAUAGCAGAUGAGGGUGAUGAUGAAGAUGGAGAAGGUGAAGCAUAGAGAGAUGAAACCCAGUCUGCUGGUCAAGAGGUUGAAGCCUGAAACGUGUAACGCAGACUUUCCGGGAAUGGUGUAGCUUUGUGUUUUAUGCUUUAAUUUCACUCGUGCACAAAUGAUUCUUUCUGUAAGAAUGCAGCUGUAAUUCAUUCUUAGUUUUCAAUUUGCUGGCUAGCAGACAAGCAUUUACUAGAAACUAGAGAAGGUGAGCCUCGUCAUGCUUUCCACAAUAUAUAUUAUGUUCUAAUCAUGUGAGGUCGGUUAUGACAGGUUAUUAUUUCUCAAUUAUUUGUAAUCUUCAAUCCAACUUGUUAUAUGCCUAGCUGAUUGUGUGUUGAUGA